CUUCGCCGCGGAAGAUGGCGAUUCCGGCCGGCAGAAACUUUGCCAGCUGCUACAUGGAGCUGUGCAAACAGCAACGACUGCGACCGUUGCCGGUGAUAUGCGUAACUCUGCCGCACAGUCUGGAUUUUACUACCGAUCGCGUCAAGAUGGACGACUGGGGUCCGAUCUUGAAUUCUCUUUCUCUCGAUCGCUCGCUCAAAUCGAUCAGCGUGCACAGCAGGUAUCAAUGUCGUAAACCAUUGGAAGAGGUAAAUUCCGAGGACAAGGCGCGAACGAUGAGCAAGACCCCGGUGGUCCUCACGCGCUAUCUGUUGGAGUGGCUGUCGCAGAGCAUCGGUCAAUGCAUAAGGAACUCGUCCAAUCUCACGCACCUAGAGCUCGAGGGCAUUCCCUUCCCGCCGGAUUGCAUCGCGGUACUAUGCGUCGGUCUGUCGGGAACGCAGACUCUGUACCAUCUGUCCCUUCGACGUUGCUACAUCGGCGACACCGGCUGCGAACUGAUCUGCCGCACGAUAGCGAACGCUCGCAGCGUGAGGUCGUUGAAUCUCAGCUAUUGCGACCUCACGCCGAGCAGCGGUAGCGCCUUAGCGUCCGCGCUCUCGAGGCAGAAACUGGCGCUGUACCACGACACCUGGAAGCAAUCGCUGAGGUAUCGCGAGCCCAACUUCGAGACGAUGCCGGGACUUCGUCGGCUGACUCUGAACGACAAUCCGCAUCUGGGUAAUUGCGCCGUGAGGGAGGUGAUCGAGGCGAUACGCGACAGUCUGUGGAUGAAGGCGCUCGACCUUCAGCAUUGCGGCUUGACGGAUCAGAUCGGCGCGGAUCUGCUGAAUCUGCUCGAUCACAAUAGCACCCUGGUGGUGCUCGACGUGAGGAGGAACGCGAAUCUGAACGACGAACUCGCGACGGACGUGAUGAGAAGAUUGGUGGAGAACAACAUUGAGGGAAAGUCGGAAUACAAGUGGAUAGGGUUAGUGCCGAAGGAUAAGAGAAUCGCGUCGGCUGAUACUCGAAGAGUUAGCGAGAACGAGGACGUCGCGAAGCCCUCGAGGGCGCGGAGCGCCUUUACCAGGUACACGAAACGACCGUGUCAGGUGACCGCACCGAGGAGAACAGUUCCGGCGGGUUCACUUCUAUCGACGAAAAUGAAGACCGUCCGUUCGCCGUCACCGCCGGUUCGCGACGUCACUCAACCAUGCGACUUGAUCCGCUCGCAGACGAUCGGCAACGUGCAAGCAACGUCUAAGAUUUCUCUUCACUUGGAUCUUCAAUCUCGCAUACAGUCUGCGGUGAAACGUGUCGAUCGUGAUGUCGCGGCGCGCGGAAACGUUGGGCCGUGCCUCGACGAAACAAGUUUAAGGAGCUUCGAUUCGACAAAGAUGGACGUUGGUACCCAGAGCGAGGAGCAGCGCGGUGAUUCGGAAGAAAUUCGGAAUAUCCUCAGACAACUGGCGGAAGCUCAAGCGGAAUACGAUCGUCUUCUGGAAGAGACCAAACGCAUCGACCUUCUACUUGUUGAGGAACGAGCGCGUCGUGAAACCGCCGAGAUGAAUCUGAGAUCGGCGCAGGACGACGUGACCAAAUUGGAGUGCGCUCUGGAAAAGAGGGAGAACGAGACCAGAGGUUACCUGCUGGUCAGCCAGCAGACCUUGGAUGAGAUAUGCUCAUCUUUCGAUCGGCUUCUGGAACUAAUGGAGAACGUCGCCGGCAAACAUCCGGCCGAUAGAACGCUGGGUUCGCAGGAGAUCGUAAGCGCGAGCAUCAAGCGAUGCUUGGCGUCCGUCAUCAGGCAAACCAAGUCGGAAAAUUUGAGGCGGGGCCGCAAGAUGGAUGCCGAAUCGCCGCGGAAUGUCGUAGACAGCGCGCGAAAGCUCGUCAAGUCCGACAGCGACGUGAGAUCGACUAUGCCGAUCUCGCCGACGCAUCUCGAGAGGAAGAUCGGCGAGUGCCCGGAAAACGAUGAGCCGCGUCAUCGGCGUCAUCGCGACGCCGAGAAGCCGAUGUCCUCCGUCGAUCGAGCCCGGGCGAUCUUCGCGAGCAUCCUUAGCGGCGAGGCUGUGCUUGACUUCUGCUAGUCGAUCGCGAGAUCGG